AGCCACAUAGGUGUCUGGUUACAAACACACACUCACAGACACACACCUACAGAGUGAGCAAGAGAGAGCAAGAGCAAGAAGAUAGUGAUAGAAGGCACAGAAGGUAGACGUAGAGAACGUGAGAGUCAGAAGAGAGUAAUUUCACCAUAAGUGGGAGUUGAAAUUUCUCCCACAGUCUCUUUGAGGAAAUCUUUUAUUUGAAGGUCAUCAGGGUCAGCCUGUGGUACAGAGCUGUUCUCCUAACAAACCAAAAGGAACCUGAUCUACUCAGCCAUUCUAAUUCACUUGACCGGUGCACUGCUUUAAUUAAAGUUAACAGCUGUCCUAUUCGUUCAGCACGUGCUAUGGCAGAGGCGCACCAGGCGGUGGCCUUCCAGUUCACUGUCACACCAGAGGGCAUCGACCUGCGCCUCAGCCGUGAGGCGCUCAAACACAUCUACCUGGCUGGAGUUACGUCAUGGAGAAAACGUGCAAUUCUGUUCCGAAAUGGCGUCCGAAUGGGGGUCUAUCCGGCCAGUCCCUCUAGCUGGUUAUUUGUGGUGAUUGCAAUAAUGAGUUCCAUGUAUGCCAGAAUGGAUCCAUCCAUGGGGAUGAUUAACAACAUCAGAAAGGUUUUACCUGCAAGUGAUCGUCUCACGGCUCAGACUCAGACAGUGUUGAGUGCUAUCGUGUUUGCCACAGGACUGUGGUUCUCUCUGAUUAUGCUUCUGCGCUACACUCUGAAAGUUCUGCUCUCCUACCAUGGCUGGAUCUUUGAGCCACAUGCCAAAAUGAGCAUGUCUACCAAACUCUGGAUAAGUCUGUUAAAGAUGUUUUCGGGUCGUCGGCCAUUACUCUACAGUUUCCAGGGCUCUUUGCCUAGACUGCCUGUUCCCAGCAUUGAUGACACCAUCCACAGAUAUCUUGAGUCAGUGCGCCCACUACUGGACGAUGACCGAUAUAAACAGAUGGAAAUUGUGGCCAAUGAGUUCAGAAAGGACCAAGCCCCUAAACUACAAAAAUAUCUGCAGCUAAAGUCCUGGUGGGCCAACAAUUAUGUGAGUGACUGGUGGGAGGAGUACAUCUACCUGAGGGGCCGGGGCCCAAUCAUGGUGAACAGCAACUUCUACACCAUGGACCUGCUGUAUGUGAUCCCCACUCACAGGCAGGCAGCGCGAGCAGGAAACGUGGUCCACGCCAUCCUGCAAUAUCGGCGCAAACUAGAGCGAGGAGAACAUGCUCCGAUGAGAGCUCUAGGGGUGGUACCCAUGUGCUCCUAUCAGUAUGAGAGAAUGUUUAACACCACUCGAAUUCCUGGCAUUGAAACAGACUGUGUUCAGCACCUAAGGAACAGGAAGCACCUGGUUGUAUAUCACCGAGGACGCUUUUUUAAGGUGUGGCUGUACUAUGGUGGUCGCCAUCUCUUGCCUGCGGAGUUGGAGCAGCAGUUUCAGCAUAUUCUCAAUGAUACCACAGAGCCUCAGCCUGGAGAACUCAAACUGGCCUCGCUCACUGCCGGAAAGAGAGUCCCAUGGGCCAAAGCACGACAGAAAUACUUCAGUGACGGUGUAAAUAAGACGUCUCUAGAUGCCAUUGAGACUGCUGCCUUUUUCCUCACUCUGGAUGAUGAAACACAUGGAUAUGACCCUGAAAAGCCAAGGUCAAUGGAUCUCUAUGCCAAAUCCCUACUGCACGGAAAGUGCUAUGACAGGUGGUUUGAUAAAUCCUUCACUCUUGUUGUCUACAAAAAUGGUAAAAUAGGGGUGAAUACUGAACACUCAUGGGCAGACGCUCCCAUUAUUGGGCACAUGUGGGAGGAUAUUUUGGCAGCCGACUUUCUCCGUUUGGGUUACACUGAGGAGGGACACUGCAAAGGAGACAUUAACAAAGGUCUGGCUAGCCCAACCAGGCUACAUUGGGACAUUCCAGCAGCGUGUCAGGAGAUUAUUGAGGCAUCGUACACAGUAGCCAAGGAGCUUGCUGAUGAUGUGGAUUUCUGUGGUUGUGUAUUUGAUGAGUUUGGAAAAGGCCUGAUUAAGAAAUGCAAAACAAGCCCUGAUGCUUUCAUCCAACUAGCACUACAGCUUGCUCACUACAGGGAUAAAGGUGAGUUCUGUCUUACGUACGAGUCCUCAAUGACCCGCAUGUUCCGGGAGGGACGGACAGAGACGGUGCGCUCCUGCACCAUCGAAUCAACAGCCUUUGUCCGAGCCAUGGAGGACAAGACUUGCAUGACUGAACAGCGUCUGGCGCUAUUCAGGACAGCAGCUGAAAAACAUCAGAACAUGUAUCGUCUGGCCAUGACAGGAGCCGGUAUCGACCGGCAUCUCUUCUGCCUCUACAUCGUCUCCAAAUUACUGGAUAUACAGUCGCCCUUCCUCAACCAAGUUCUUUCAGAGCCUUGGCGUCUCUCCACCAGUCAGACGCCACAGCAGCAGCUCAACCUUGUUGAUAUCCAGAAGUUUCCAAAAUAUGUAGGAGCAGGUGGUGGCUUUGGCCCUGUUGCUGAUGAUGGAUAUGGAGUUUCUUAUAUUAUCGUUGGGGAGAAUCUCAUCACAUUCCACAUCUCCAGCAAAUUCUCUAGUCCAGAAACGGACUCACAUCGCUUCGGCCGGAACAUCAGACAGGCCAUGCUGGACAUUAGAGCACUGUUCAACCAGAAGGAGAAGGCCAUGUGAAGACAAUCAGAUGUCUCACACACACACACACACACAAACAAACAGCUGGUCCAACACACCAUUUAAAGAAAUCAGAAUGAAAAAGGAAAUAUGUAAAAAUAUUGUACAGACAUUUUAAAACACUUCUUGUCAUUUGAAUUAAUUUAAUGAAUCUAUGGCUUAGGACAUUUUGAUGAAAAUAUUGUACAGACAGACAUUUUAAAGCAAUCUUAAAUUUAUUUUAAUAUUAUUUAACUUAAUGAAUCUAUUUCAUCUGAGCAUCAAAUAUAUAUAAACUAGGGCUAAAAUAUUUUGAUAAAAUCAGUAGUGGCACCAAGCUUACACAAUACUUUGGCAGCUUUGCGUAACAUGCCGAUAUAGAAAAGUUGUAUAAUUGUAAAUAUUUGUAUGUUAUUAAGCAUGUUGAUUUCUCUAUCAGGUGACAAAAUAUAGGUUAAUGAUCCACUAUUUCAUUUAUGCAUACUUUAUUAAAUUAUUGGAUGUUGAACUAAAGGUUUUAUGACAGUUUCUGUACUGAGCUGAACAUGUGUUGAUGUAAUGAUUUUCCUUUACAUAUCAAGAUCAGCCUCGAAAGCACUUUGCUUGCACAGAUUCUUCCUUUCAUUUCUUUGGAAAAGUCAUGUACUACGCUUAAUUUUUACAUCAUCCACUACUGGUUGAAGUCUUGUAUUGCACUAUUACUAUGAAAAUAACAGCUUCAUGCAAUGAUUUAA